AUGUCGCCGGACGACACUUCGCUGACUCGGUCUAUGGACGACCUGGCUAUUUCCUCAAGAAACCGGUCCGAUUCCCUCUUCACCACCUACCAGCCAGCCAGCGUCAAAAUGUACGGAAGAAUCUUUGCGUCGACGAUAUAUGACGGAGGCCAUUGUUACUACCUUCCCGUCGAUGACGAGGAACGGUAUCGUCAAGAACUCUGUAACUCUAUGUGGAUCGAAGUCGGUGGACAUAUUCUGGGGUCUCUAAAAGAUAUCCGACCGGGCAUCUUUCUCGACCUUGGAGCGGGAUGGGGUAUCUGGGUGCAGGAAGUAUCUUCAUUGAUUCCUGGCCGCCAAGUCGUUGGUUUGGACAUUCACUACGACGCCACUGGAUUCUAUACUUUCGAAAAUUGUUCCUUCGAGGCGGACAAUUAUGAAGAUCCCUGGGUCUCCCGUGAUCAGCCCGUAGCCCUAGUCCAUUUACGCGACUCUUACUUCUCUCUUCGACAGCCGCGAGAGUUAGCCAAGAACGUCUUCGAAGGGCUAUGCGACGGGGGCUGGUUUCAGAAUGAGGAAAUGCGUCUGGAGAACUGGACUAGUGAAAGCCCCAAGUUCAACGAUUGGCGACUACGUACCAUGGAGGCUGCUCGCCGCCUAGGAGUCCCACUCCAUUCUGCGCAGGAUAUCGAAACCUCAUUCCGGGAGGCGGGUUUUGGUGAAGGCUGGAAGGAGAAAUUCUGUUUGGAAGCAUCAGGGGAGACAGCUAUGAGCCAAAAACUGCUCGAGGUCGUGAAACUCACAGUAAAGGCGAGCGUCCGGAUCUUGGUGGAAGGGGGCUCAUGCGGGAGUACGGAUGUAUGUGACUUUGUGGAGGAUGUGGUAAAGGAACUAGAAGAAGGAGACCAUCGAAUCACCGUUGAAGCAGAAGUGUACACAGCGAGGAAGCCGGACUUCGAGGGUUCCCCUCAUUAG